UCUCUUUAUAAGGCCUGACAUUUUGAGUGAAAAGACACCUGCACUUUCUGGUUGAAGAAACACUUCAAGGAAGACGCUUCAGUUUCUCUCUUCUGAAUUUGGUGAGGGUCUUUAUGAUUUUAUAAUAUCAACAGGGCUAUGCCACAAGAAGUCUGGAUUGAAUCCCGGCCAUUAAUUUAAUCGCGGAUUUGGACAAUGCACCAUUUAAAGCUAAUUUCUGAUUUGAGCCGACAUAAGCAGCGUUUACUGUGAAUGUGGUCUCUGCGAACACGGAAAUAUUGCCUUUAAAACGUGCAUUGCCGACCAAAGCGAGAUCAGAUUAAAUCCUGGCCAAAAUGGUUGUAUUUGUUGUUGCCAAAAACAUUGUAGAAUUUAAAUAACUAUUAACCAUGCACGUAUUUUGUUCUGACAUUCAGCAUAUCUAUCCAUCUAUCUACCUAUCUCCUACAUUAAUCUGUAAUGCUGUGGUUUUUCCUGAGUAAUACACUUUGUGAUAUAAUUCUGUAUCUAGGAAGAACUGCAGAAGAAGGCCAAAGGUCCACCACGAUUCUCUAUCCAUCAUCAUGGGAGUCAUAACUGUGUCUGUUCUUGCCUGUGUCCUCCUCACCCUUCUGGGAACUGGAGCCCUCCCCCACAAUCAUCAUUGUAAGUGACAACCAAUCCCAUUUGAAUCCAGUCUAUUUUGAGUUUUCUUCUAUUUACUGUUCUAACCAAUUAGUGAUAGUUAGGCAUUUAAAAUACAUCGUUUUCUCUCCAGAUACCUGUCCAAGUGGGUAUACUGGACCUGACAGCACAGUACCCCAUUGCUACCGAUUCGUACGCAAACAAAUGGGAUGGCAGCAAGCACUGGUAAGUGUCAAAUUUGAAUCUAAUCAACACUUCCAGUUACAGUGAUGGUGUAAAAGAGAAUUUUAAAUAACUUACAUUUCCAAUUAUAAUUACCUUUUUUUUUAUUACACUGUAAAGGGGUUGCCGUGAACUUGACCUACUGCAAUAUAAAUACAAGGGCUGUCAAAGUAAAUAAGUUAACUCAUGUUAACUUUUUAUAAUUUUAGUGCAAUAAUGUUUUAAUCGUGAUGAAUCGUAUUGUUUGAAAGCGUUAGAAAUACAGUGAAAACAUCCAAAAUACAGAACCUAUUCAGCGAUUUUUUUUUACCGUAAUCGGAAUGAAUGAACGGAUUAAUUAAAUUCAUUGAGGGGGAUUGGUUAGUAUUUAACAGUAUUUUACUGUAAUUACCAGGGAUUGGUGCAAGCAGGUUGGCUGCUAGGUAAAUUGUUUACACAUGAAAGCAUUUUAACCCUAAAAGCAGCCAACGGUGGUAAUUUUUUACCCCAAAUUGGUAAUGAUUGCAGUAACACAUUUUUAUUUUAUUAACCUUUUGUAACUGUCACGUCCGUUGUGUAAAGGAUCGGACCAAGGUGCAGCGUGGUAUGCGUACAUAGUUGUUUAUUUUAAUAAACACCGACAAAAUAGCAAAAUCCAACAGACCGUGAAGUUCAAGACGCUAACCAUCAAACAAGCCAAACAGAAACAAAAUCCCACAACUAAGGUAGGCAACAUGGCUGCCUAAGUAUGAUCCCCAAUCAGAGACAACGACCGACAGCUGCCUCUGAUUGGGAACCACACCCGGCCAACAUAGAAAUAUAUAAAUUAGAUUUCACACCCUGACCAACCCAACUAGAGAUCUCAAUGUCAGGGCGUGACAGUAACACAAGUAAAUGGUUAAAUGUCCCAAAAUGAGCAUAUAUUUUUAAAUCUUAACACAUUUAUAGUCAAAUUUAAUGUUACAAAAACAUAUAUUUUGAAUUGUUUUCAUGAUUUGAAAAGUUAUUAUGAUCUAUUUCAUCCAUAGCCACUUUUUCUGUUAUUCGAAGUGUUGUGUUUCUACUCAGGCUGCGUCUACACAGGCAGCCCGAUUCUGAUAUUUCUUCACUAAUUUGUCUUUUGACCAAUCAGAUCAGUGCUAAAAAAGAUCUGAUGUGAAUAGAUCCGAUGUGAUUGGUCAAAAUACCAAUUAGUGGGGCCUCCCGAGUGGCGCAGCGGUCUAAGGCACUGAUCAGUGCUAGAGGCAUCGCUACAGAUCCGGGUUUGAUCCCGGGCUGUGUCGCAGCUGGCCGCGACCGAGAGACCCAUGAGGCAGCGCACAAUUGGCCCAGCGGGACAAGACUGUAACUAACAAUUGGAUAUCACGAAAUUGGGGAGGAAAAAAACACAAAUAAAAAGAACAAUUAGUGGAAAAAGAUAGAGGCUGAGACAUUUCAUUGUUGAUAAUACCCAAAAUUACCAUACAAAUAACAGUUUUCCAUUACAGUGUACCACUACUGAUCAAAUGUCUACAUAGACAAGGCUUGUAAAAGAAAUCAAUGAAAACAUGGAUGUUUCUUCCUAAAGGAUUACUGUAAGAGAGAUCAGGGUACCCUAGCUGCUGUGCACAGCGUUGAAGAAUACCAGCUUCUCCUUUCCAUGGUGAAGCAGACCCAGAGUACCUCUGCUUAUGCCUGGGUAGGACUGAAUGAUCUUGAGAAGGUAAAAAAAUCCUUAACACUCAAGUGGCACUUAAUCAGGUCUUAUUUCAUAUCUCUUUAAUUUGGACAUUCGAUAAGUUACUACUGCCCUUCAAGAAGAUGUUGAUAACCUUGAAAUGUUCUCCCUGACAGGAAGGGAAUUAUGUGUGGACUGAUGGGUCAUCCGUCAACUGGUUCUGGUCCGAAAGUGCCAAAGCUCAGCAGUGGGGAGAAGAAGACUGUGUGGCACUGAACUCUUAUUCAGGUCAGUAAAAUUGUUCUUGGAUGUGUGACACUUAGGCCGAGAUCCCAAUCCGUAUCGACAAUGUGCCUUUUAAAGGCAAUAUUCCCGUCAUUCGGGGAGAUCACAUUCAAGGUAAACACUGCAGAUGUCUGCUCAAUUGGAAAUUACCUUAAAAUGUCAAGCACGCUACAAUGCAGUUUGGUUUGAAUCCUAGCCCGAAGGGACCCUGUGUUAAAUACAUAAUAAUAUUAAGGGAACAAUUACAUGCCUAAUAAGCAGUGUAUAAACCCUGUCAAACGUCACGGUAACAAAUCAUGUGAUAUUUGUAAUUUUCCUAUCUGUCUCAUUGAGUGCUGUCGUUAUUCUUGUCUUGUCUUCCACUGAGACUAACAGGGACAUUGUCCUCUACAGGGGCUGAGGGCUUCGACGACAUCAAGUGUGACAGUGGCUGCACCUUUGUCUGUAUGAGAGUGCUACCAAGUGGAGUAGCCUAAGAUGAUAGAGGAGUCCAGCAGUUAUUUGGCCAAAAUACUCUGAUUUUCUUUUCUACUAUCGCACGCAAACUCCUAUGCGUUGAUUGAGGACCGGUUGAAUACUUGAAGACAAUAUGAUAAAAAGUGAUCUAAUGGCAAUUACAUUAUCUUUGGUUGCCAUUUUCAAUUGUUAAAGUUAUUGUCAGGUUGAUUCUACAACUGCAUUUUCGCUCAUGUUUUCUGCACGUUACUAGCCUUAAGCUACCAACCAUUGAGGCGCCCACUAAAGGUUUAUCCACAAACAAACGGUUCAAUCCCCUCACUAACUCACAACCGACUGUUAUCUAAGAACACAGACAGGAUAGUGUUGAAGGUACAGGUAAAAUUUGUCUCAACACUCAACACAUUUUUAAUGGUUCGCCUAUUAUAUGGAAUAUUGAAAGAAUUGUUGGAAUUCUUAUCCCUCAAUGCUUCCAUGCCUCUUUGAAUAAAACCUUUCAGCAUCA